CAGAAUAGCGCGCGGCGGCGGCGGAGGAGCAGCAGCAGCAGCAGCAGCAGAAGCAGAAGCCGCCGCACGGAGCCGUUGAGCCCUUUCCCCGGGAUCACCUCGCCGCCGCCUGUUUGUUUAUGUCGGAUUCCGUUUGGUACGAAGUAAGCCUGGAAGCCGGGGGAUUUGCGGCGGGAUGUCGGCGCUGAGGGAGAACCAGUGCUACGGACUGUCCAGCGGUAAACUGAGCCGCGGCGGCAACAGCUCCGUUUUUCAUGUCAAACUCACUGACAGCGCGGCAAGAGCCAUUGGCACCUUUCAAAACGGCAAGGGCUGGUCCUCUCAUCCCACUAUCUGCUUUAAUGGAAACCAAGGGAGAAUCAGUAUUCCUUGCUCUGAGAAUAGAGAUGAAGUUAGGAUAUUCACUUUUGGUGUGACGAACGUCGCCCGUGACAAUCCACAUGGAAGCUUUGACUGCGUCAAACAGCUCAGCACUGGUGCUGCCGAGGAGCUGUCAUGUCUCGGGGUGAUUCAGAAGAAGAUGACAGUCAACGCUACGGAUGACUCGUACGAUAAGGCUCGUCAGAGCAUGGCCCAAGCUGAGGAGGAGACACGCAGCCGAGGGGCCAUUGUCAUCAAACAUGGGGGGCGCUACCAGGGCAAGAAGGUAACGGUGCGAGCCCCGGCCCCUGCACUGGCCAGCCUGACCAAGCCCAAACACUCAUCCCAAUCCUUCCUCAGCAAAAUUAAGAGGGGAGAUGGAAUGUCCAAGUUGAAGAAAGGUGCUUGUGCAUCAAACAGCGUGGGUGAUGUGCAGGAGAGGCCGCUCACGGAGAGAUUAACACACCUGCUGGCUCUGAGGCCGUACAAGAGGCCUGAGUUGAUCCUGAGGCUGCAGAAAGAUGGACUGUCAGCGGGAGACAAAGAUAUGCUGGACUCUGUACUGAUGGAGGUUGGCCAGCUCAAUAGUAGAGACAACACAUUUGUUCUGAAGGACAGUCUGUACAAGGAGCUGCAGAAGGACUGGCCAGGCUAUACCUCAGGAGACCAGCAGCUUCUAAAAAGAAUCCUUGUCAGGAGACUGUUUCAGCCACAACAGAACCUCCUGACUGUCCCAGAGGCCCAGGUCAGCCCGCUGCGAGACACCCCCAACUCCUCCCCAGCACACCGUCCAAAACAUUCCCUGCCAGAGGAGUACACUGCCAAUAAGAAGCCCAGGAUAUCCCACUUGUCUAGCAAAACGGCAAGUGACAAGUCAAGAUUGAGGCCAUCUGAACAAGCGGCUCAAAAAGAUGUCACAGAAGCAAGAGCGUACGACGGGCAAAGGAACUCACUUGACCCUCGAAAGCUGUUUGACUCCCUGUCAGCAGUCUGUCAGCGCGAAGAAGUGGCUAAACGGCUCGAGCCAACUCCCUGUGCUCAUGAGGAGCCUGAAAGCCCAGAAGACCAUCCUCAGCCCGACUCUGAUCGCCGUCCGUCCCCUCUGACAGUGCCUGAGCUGAGUAGACACACAACGAAAAGGAAGAAGAGCAAACACAAACACAGAGACCAGGAGAAGGAUAGGCGGAGAGAUGGUAAAGCAAGGAGAAGUGAUCACAGUUCAGAGGAUCCAAAAGGCAAAGUCUUGCUGGGCUGCUCAGAGCCAAGUGAAAUUUUGUUCGACUCUAAUGUGCUUCAAGUGGACAAUGACACAGCAGAUUAUUUAUCGAUGUACACAGUGAUUUGCAGCCAUAACCAGAGGCAGAGUUACAAACAGGACUUUAACAAGGAGUACAACGAGUACAGAGAUUUACAUGCUCACAUCGAUGGCGUUACCCGGCAGUUCAUGGAGUUGGACACACAGCUCAAACAGCUUCACCAGGAAUCACAUAAAUACAAGACGGUUCAUAAUCAAAUUCUUCAAGAGUAUCGCCAAAUUAAAAAGUCCAACCCCAACUACAACCAGGACAAGAUUCGCUGUGAAUAUCUACACAACAAACUGUCCCACAUCAAGAAGCUCAUAUCAGCGUAUGACCAAAAGCAGCUCAUUUUGGACCAUUCCCAUCCCAACUCAAGAGCCUGACUCUGACACCAGUGAACUUAGAGAGUACAAUAAACACCCUGAGGCAAGGGAGGUUCACGCUGCUGAGCCCAGUGCCCUCGAGCUGGAUUGGAUGGUCACGGCUAUAUAUAGUAUCUUGAGAAUUGCUGAGGAUGCCAGUGAGGGUGGGAGUCAUUUGUGUAGACGUUGGGUGAGAGCAGUCCUCUAAUAUGAGUUCUUUUCUGAGAAGAUGAGAAAUCUUCAUCGAAAAAUGGUUUGACCGAUGAGCUGCUAUUACAGUGACAUGAUACUGGAGGACACGAGGAGUAACGAUAGUUUUACUAAAGGUCUCCAAGCUGAAACUGAGCUCUUACUCUUUAAAAUGAAAACAGUUACAUGUGGAGAGAAGGUGCUAAGCCUAAAAACAAACAUUACACAUUUUAGUUCUUUUGUGAAUGAAAUGUAAACAUCAAAUUGGGUAUUUGCUUAUGUGUUCUGUUAGCCAUGUCAGUGUUCACAUUUAUGCUGGAAGCCUGAGAUAACUGCACACUGUACAUACCUAGACAGCUCAUAUGAAAGGCGGGUGAAGGUUUCUUUUUCCCCUGUGUCAGAGAAAAGAUGGUAGGUGGGAUGCGGAUGUGCACAUCCUGAGAAGACAGUUGUCCUUAAGUAUUCUUUGAGUUUGAUGAUUUGAAAAUGUAUCAGUGUUGUUAUCAGUUCUCCUCAGGUCAGGCCUGAUCUGCUCAGUAAUGACUCCUGAAAAUAUUGUUGGUGCCUCUAAUGGUUACUAAUUCUGGUCUAGAUUCAUAGUAUUCCACUGGUGUUAUCACUGGCGGUUAUUUUCCUGGAACACAGAAGACUGUUGAACAUAAUGUGAACUUGAAGUUGUAUUCAGGGAAUUUACAGUGUGAGCUGCAGUAAAUAUUAUAAUUAAAACCAAUUUUAAUUUAGAGUAUGCAGAGUUAUGGCAUUAUUGCUACUUUAAGCCGAGAUAGUAAAGAAAUAAAAAAUGACAAGAUUUU